ACUCCUCGCAUUUUCAUUGGGUCGCUCUCUGAUCUCCCUCUCUCUCCUCUCUCCCCUCUCUCUCUCAUCCAUGUCGCCGACCACUUGCUAAGCUUCGCUUCGCCAAAGGCAAUUAAAACCGCGCUUCACAGUUCUCUUCUCGCCCUCUCGCCGAUCUCCCAAGCCUCUAGAGGGAAUCGAUUUUGAGCGAAUUUGAAUUUGAUUUUUCACCUCUAAUCGAUGGCUGCACCACCGGCUAGGGCUCGCGCCGAUUACGAUUACCUAAUCAAGCUCCUUCUUAUCGGCGACAGCGGUGUGGGAAAGAGUUUCUCAGAUGGUUCAUUCACGACCAGUUUUAUCACCACCAUUGGAAUUGAUUUCAAGAUAAGAACCAUUGAGCUUGAUGGAAAAAGGAUUAAACUCCAGAUCUGGGAUACAGCUGGUCAAGAGCGCUUCCGAACAAUUACAACAGCUUACUACCGCGGAGCCAUGGGCAUUUUGCUGGUGUAUGAUGUUACCGAUGAGUCGUCUUUCAACAACAUUAGGAACUGGAUUCGCAACAUCGAACAACAUGCUUCUGAUAAUGUAAACAAGAUCUUGGUGGGCAACAAGGCUGAUAUGGAUGAAAGCAAAAGGGCGGUUCCUACUUCCAAGGGUCAAGCUCUUGCUGAUGAAUAUGGUAUCAAGUUCUUUGAAACUAGUGCAAAGACAAAUCUGAAUGUGGAGGAAGUUUUCUUUUCAAUAGCAAGGGAUAUUAAGCAAAGACUUGCAGAAUCUGAUUCAAAGGGUGCUGAGCCUCAGACAAUUAAGAUUACCCAACCCGACCAAGCCGCUGCCGGUGGACAAGCAGGAGCGAAGUCAGCUUGCUGUGGCUCAUAAUUAACGGAACUAAAAAAACUAUAUCAGAAAAGAGGGGAAAGAUUCCGAAGCUUGCACCUGAUCUCGGUUUUAAAACUAAAUUUGACAAGCUAAUGAUUUUGUCCCUCUUUUUUAUAUUUUUCCGCUACCAGCCUUAGUAUCAAAGGUAGUAGUUCUUUUUCCCGCUUCCAUUUUUAUCUGUGGAAUUUAUAAAAAGACUUUCUUCUGUCUUCUCUUAUCUGUGUUUUGCCUUGGGGAGCUUGUCAUCAUUGACUGUUCCAUGUGUCACUUCCCUUGAUGUAGAUAAGAUAAUCAGGUUUGAGCUUCUUAUCAAGAAAAAUGCUCAGCAUUAAGUCUCUGCUCAGAUCGUUGUUGAUGUAUUGACAUCCCAUAAAACUUUAUGCAGUCAAACAUGUCAUCUAUUUUUAUGAAUAUCUUCUUCAUAUUAUGAUGAAAUGGCUUGUAUAAACGUGCUAACCUUCGAAUAUGCUAAGCUAAUUUAUGCCUUUUCUUUUCACA